AUGCCCAAGAUGAGGUAUUCAGUGCCGGCUUUGUUGGCGCUGCGCCUCAAUGAAGAUGUACCCUGCAAGUGGACCAGCGAAGCAACGCAUUGCAAAUCCAAGCCAGGUCUCUCGGAAAAUCGCCCGAAUCGUUCAAACAAUGAUGCAGCAAACGUGCUAACAAAAAGCAGCGCGAAAUUGAAAGCCAAACUCCGAUCUCGUGCAGCUCAGGGCAGCAAGAACAAGCCAUCAGUGCUGUCAAAUCCAUCCUUGACCACCACCGACACAGGAUUUGCACAGUUUCUUCAAAAGCAUAGCUCUCCCACGCACCAGCGAGUCACGGCUGGAGGCAAGAUCGUGCCAAUGAUGCCACCGACUCCCCGCCUGGAAGGUGGCUCACCCGUCUUGAAAGUUUUCAUGAGUGAGGAUCCUUCUGUUGUUGGGCGUGUUUUUCUUGACGACAGACUGGUGGCCGAUAAUUCGACAGAUGGACCCUAUGAAAGUUUUCCUGAGUUUAUAAACAUCGCUUCUUUCGAUGAGGGGGAAAUUCGUUUCCACCCCGUGACACCUCAGUCGCUCGAGCCCAUGCGUGAAGUUGAGCCUGCACGUCGCCAUCCACGUUUCCCCAUCCGGGUUCGACGCACUCAUUUUACGGAGGAUGUGCCGCUUCGACAGGCCCCCGAUACCCCAGCGUUUGUCCCAGACCCAGAGCAAGCUCCUUCCGUUCAAAUUGGGUAUAGCGGUAGCUCCGCGUCCCAGUUUGAGUGGUACGAUGAAGGGCGCGCUGAAAGAUGGUUCACAUGGGGUUAUGAAAUCCAGAAAGAAGAAGCUGCGAUGCAGGCAGCUAUGAUCCAGAUCAGACAUCUGGAUAUUUGGGCGGGGGUAGACUUCUAUCGUCGGUAUGUCCGUUGUGCGUGGAGCUGCAACAUAAGAUACUUCCAAGAGGCGGAAGUACGACUGCGACACAAAUUGAGUCUCCAUGAAGAGUGGCUGGCUGACGUCAAUGAGGCUAUAGCGUUAGACCCAUGGUCCAGACCACAAGGGAGAUCUCUGUAUUAUCGAAUUUACAACACCAAUGAGCGAGCGAGGAUGUUGACCUCUCUCGAAGAGCUUGAAGGGAUCCAGGGCACUCGAGGCGGACUGAACGAGUUUGGGCUCACAACCUAUGAAAACAUUGCCAGCACCUUUGGUUCCUAUUCAGCUGUUCAGGACGACUCCAAUGUGACAGUCGGCAGCCGAGAAGAUGCGCUCACAACCGAUGGGGUAAACGAUGUUUUAGUUCGGAGCCACGCGAGGGCCAGUGGACCAGUCCGUAUCAUAGAUCCCCAUACUGGUUGCCCCAUCGAUUUGAUAGGACUAUCACAGAAUCCCAAGAACAGAGCGGCCAAGAAAAAUGGUCAAGCACAUGGCGUUGCUGAUAAAAGUAUCGGUGUGAAGGCCGGUCCCUCAAUUGCGGCUGAAAGCGAGGACACGUCUCUUGAGAUCGCCCAAUCCCCAGAGCACGUUGUCAAAGAGUUAACUGACCGUGUUGAUGAUGCGCUCUUGGUUGAGCAUGAUCAGCUCCCAUCAUGGAUCCCACAAGAGAUGUUAGAUGAUCUUCGUUCAGUGAGAAAGAAGGGAUUCAGCAAGACGGUGCCCCGGAACUUUGGCCGUCCUCGCUAUGGCCCGGGAUUGCAGACUAUCACGGAGGUUGAUUCGGAAUCCUUUUCUCACGACGAUAAUGAGCAUGCUCCUGGUUUACUCGCCGGCCGUACCGUUUCCAGCCCUAUGAUCAAAAGCAAACGUGAGGACCAUGAUGUAUCUGUGAUCAAUGAGAUACUCAGUGAAAGGAACGUGGAAUCUGGACGAAACAAGGUCAAGGCGGGGCGAGAGAACAUGGAUCCAGAGACCAAACAGUCCGACGACGACCAUAGCCAUAUUCAGGAUCGUGAGAUCGCAGGGUCGUCCAUCGAAGGUUCCAGACCCAGUCAACACCUCCGUACUCAGUCUAGCAGCGGUCCAGCUGUCAUUCACGCCAACACCCACAAUACUGAUCUGCAAUUCGACUUGGAGGACCUGGAGUGCUCCUGCACUUCGGAAAUGCCUCUACUCUCGAACCCAAGCCCUUCCCCCACGAGUAGGCCCCGCCUACCUCACCAGAGAAGUGACCCCACCGUGCUCUCGUCCCUUUCGACCAAUCUUCAUGCCCCCCACACUACACCCGCAAUUGUCUUGACCGACAUGACCAAUGUGUACGGCUCCUUUGCAAAGCGUCAAGGGACUUGA